AUGGCUGUGCUGGAAGCAUCGAAUGGCGUCAAUGAUGUCGCCAACAGGGCCAACGGCACCAAUGGCAAAGCCGUCGCCCCAGAAGGCACUAUCCCAACCACCACAGCCCUCUACCAAGGACCCCAAGACAACAACCGAAAAUGGACCUGGCUCGACAAAGAGCCCGACGACGUUGCAGAAGCAGCCGAGAACGCGCAGACCGCCCAACACGCCCUCAUCACGCGCCUGCAAAAAGCGCAAGACUCGCGGAAAAAGUACGAGAUUCACAGCCUCAUUAUUCAAUCGCCAUGGCUCAAGGAAGUGCUGGAGAAGCAUAUCUUGGAUGGUUACCCCGGAGUGUGCUGCUCGUUGAAAAGAUUGGAAUUUGAGGCGCCAUUCGAGCCGUUCGUGCAUCGGUGGGGAAAGCUGUGCAGAUUUCGCAAGAGAAUGGAUUUGGAUGAGCUCACCCGGGAGCAUGUGAAUCUUCUUUACGACGUUCUACGGGAAGAGUUGAAAGACGUGAUCAAGACGUUCGAAGACUACGUCGAGAAAGGUAUUGUCACCUACGAGCACGCCUGGACUAUCUUCCAACCCGGCGAUAUUAUCUUCUCUAGUUCUCACCAGGGCGCGGUGAUGGCGAUGAAGUUGAGGCGUGCGAAGUACAUCGAGACGCAGUGCGGCAACGCCUAUCAGCUUACCGCUGAGGCCGUCGACUGGAAUGGGAGUCAUUUUGGACGAAGUGUCGAGCGGAUCAACAUUUGGGAAUUCCUUGGAACGGCAAGAAUCAUAGGGUUGGCGGCGUUCCCAUUGAGCUUCCACCCACAAGAGAAGGAGAUUCGCGAGGUGCUCAUACAGCGCGGGAAGGUGUUUGAGGAGCUGGCUGGCUGCCAUUACAAGGAAUACGACGGAUUCGCAGUGACGUGGGACAAGGAGGGGAAAGAGGUGAUGACCAACUGCGCCGGUCGCAUAAUCGUCGAUUCCGACACUUUCCGUCAUUACUCACCACGCUAUGUAGGCUACAUUGAGCCCCUCGCUGCGAAAGAGGGACUCCCCGAGCCCGAGUGCGCUCCAAAACCCUUCACCGUCGAAAAUUCCAACGCUGCGAAGUAUACCUUCGGCCAGACCGAGAUAACAAGCAAGCGCCUUCGCCUAACUCCCGAUCUCCAGCUCAUCUGCCUCCCCCGCGUUCGAGGCUACUCGCUCAAGAAGAAGCAAUGGCUGCUGUUCUACCUUGACAUGAUAUCUGCUAUCAAAUUCGACAACAACGCCUUCUCAUCGCUUGUUCUCCCCGAAGACCAGAAGGAGCUCAUCCUCUCCUUCGCAGAGUCGCAAGCAAUGAACCAAGGCGUCUUCGACGACGUGAUCUCCGGCAAAGGACGCGGGCAUAUCACCCUUCUCAGUGGGCCUCCAGGCGUAGGUAAGACUUUGACGGCAGAGUCAGUCGCAGAACACAUGCAAGCGCCGCUGUACAUGAUGUCUGCGGGCGACCUGGGCAUCAAUCCCGAUCGCGUCGAGCAAAACCUCACCAACAUCCUUGAGAUGGUCGCGAAAUGGCGCGCCGUCCUCCUCAUUGACGAAUGUGACGUCUUUCUCGAAGCUCGCUCCACGCACUCCCUAGAGCGCAACAAACUCGUCUCCAUCUUCCUGCGCGUACUCGAGUAUUACGAGGGUAUCCUCUUCCUCACGACUAAUCGUAUUUCCAAUAUCGAUCCGGCAUUUCAGUCGCGCAUCCACAUCAGCAUGUCAUAUCCGUCUCUCACGCCUACUUCUCGGCGCAGGAUCUGGGCGAAUUUUGUAGAGGGGCUGGGUGUACCACAGGAGUGGAGCGAGAAGGAUUUGGAUGAGUUGGCGACGGUGGAGCUUAAUGGAAGGCAGAUCAAGAAUGUACUGAAGAGUGCGGCGUUGUUGAGUGCGAGGAGGAACGAGCCGCUUGGACGGAGGUUUGUGGAUAUGGUGCUUGCGAUUGAACGGAGGCGACCGGGCGUGCAAGAGAGCUUCUAA